UAAACGAUGUAACAAAUUAAACACUUUUACAGUCGACAUAAAUAAUACACCCUGUACAACAUUACUUUUACUAAAAUUAAAAAAUAAGACACCGCACUAUUGAGACCAGUGCUUUAAAAGGGUAGCGGACACAUCUUGCAGUUCACAUCUCUUAUUUUACUUGUUCUGUCGAAAUCAUUGUGAAAAAUGGCAUACUUAAAAGUAAGCAUUGUUCUAUUUUUGUUUGGAGUUAUUGUGGCUGUCAACUGUGGUUCCACCAAAAGUUUGGACGAUUUUUUGGGAAAGAAGUACGAACUUCAUGAGAGCAAGAACUUUGAUGAAUACAUGAAAGCUCUAGGUGUUGGCUUCUUUACCAGGAAAUUUGGAGCGGCUGCUUCCCCAGUCAUUGACCUCUCCAAACAAGGAGAUGAAUACACUUUGACAUCUAUAUCCACCUUUAAAAAUGUCUACUUGAAGUUUAAGCCAGGUGUUGAAUUUGACCAAGAGACUCCUGAUGGUAGAGACGUUAAGGCCACCAUCACUGUUGAUGGUACCACCAUCCAUGAAGUCCAAAAAGAUGCCGAUGGAAAAACUAACACCCUUGACAGAACAUGGAGCCCCACAGAAGUCAAAAUGGUUAUGACCAUUGACAACAUCACCGCAACCAGAAUCUACAAAGUCAUUCCUUAACUUUGAUUUUUUAAGUUUAUUACAUCACUUAAAUAAAUUCGUUUUAAUUUUUUUUAGUUUUA